AUGUCUGACAUUCCAGCUACUAUAUCGGAGUCCUUUAACGCUACAUUCCACCCAUAUACAGGCCAACAUGGCCUCCACCAAAACCGCAAGAAUAGGAGAAGAGUAUAUAUUUCUAUCCCCCAAUACCUUAUCCCGCAAAAGCGUUCCACCCCAAUCCAAUCCAAGCUAACCUUCCUCUCCCACCCCCUUUUCGCAGGACAUGGAAGUAAGUCCCAAACCUACGCAAAAUCCAAACUCCAUCCUCCAUGCUCCCGUCGACCUUACCUUUUAACACAAUCCACCACCGCCAGGACAAGAGUCGACAAAGUCAACGCCGAACUCGUAACCCUGACCUACGGCACAAUCGUCGCGCAGCUCUGUAACGACUACGACAGCGACUACGCCGAAGUAAACAAGCAGCUAGAUAAGAUGGGCUACAACAUCGGCAUGCGCCUUAUAGAGGAUUACCUGGCAAAAUCGAAUACGGGUCGCUGUGCGAAUUUUCGAGAGACGGCGGAUAUGAUUUCGAAGGUUGGUUUCAAAAUAUUCCUAAACAUCACGCCGACAAUCGCGAACUGGACGAGCGACAAUAAGUCCUUUUCACUCAUCUUUGAUGAGAAUCCGCUGGCGGACUUCGUGGAGUUGCCCGAUGAUGGAAGGGCACAGGAUGAGUUGUGGUUUUCGAAUAUUUUGUGUGGGGUGCUUAGAGGGGCAUUGGAGAUGGUCCAAAUGCAAGUCGAAGCACAUUUUGUGAGCGAUGUGCUGCGGGGGAAUGAGACGACGGAGAUGCGGGUGUCGCUUGUUCGGUAUCUGGAGGACGAGCUGCCGCCGGAAGAUUGA